CUUGGUACUCCUUGCUACUCUUGUUGAUUGUUGAUUAGUGGACGUUUGAUUGUCAAAAAUAUUUUGUUACUUUACGAGAGAUUCAGUAAACAAACUAAUUCGCCAAAAUGACUAUGGCAAUGUUGCAACGUCGCGCCAAUGUAAGGCUGCCACCCGAAGUAAAUAGAGUAUUAUACAUCAGGAAUUUACCAUAUAAAAUCACAGCUGAAGAAAUGUACGAUAUAUUUGGCAAAUACGGAGCUAUCAGACAAAUUAGAGUAGGUAACACGGCAGAGACCAGAGGUACAGCAUUUGUUGUGUACGAAGAUAUAUUUGACGCAAAGAAUGCAUGUGACCACUUGAGUGGUUUCAACGUAUGCAAUCGUUAUUUGGUGGUUCUAUAUUACCAGAGCAAUAAAGCAUUUAAGCGAAUUGAUGUUGACAAAAAAAUGGAGGAUCUAGAUAAAUUGAAGACAAAAUAUAAUUUAAAUGAUGAAAAAAAGUAGUUUAUUGACAUUUAUAAGAGAUAUGGAACUGUGGCGCUUACAAAAUAUUUAUUAAAAUACGGGAUAUCUGGUAAGUUUUGACAAAACGCUCGUAUGUAGAUAGAGCGGGCUAAAUUAAGUCAAAAAGCAUUUUGUGAUUUUUGUAACCUUUUUUCUUAAUUAUCCAAUAAGCAGAAUGUUUAAAAUCAAU